AUGGCACCUCUUAUCCGGCAAGCACAGAGGGGGUCCUCAACUCGGUCAGGUGCAACAACCCCAAGGCCACGAUCGUCGCGACCGGCUACUCCCAGCCAUAGUCUCCCAGCCGACCAGGAUCUCGUAUUAGACAAAAAUACUAUAGUUACCUUUGCUACCAGAGCGGUGGUGGUACUCAGCGAAGAAUGCAAUUCUCUGAAAAGGCAAUUUCAGUAUGACAGUUUCUUAAUCUCGCUCUCCCUAACACUGUCGCAUGUGAAGGAGCGGCUGGAUGCGGCAGAUUCUCCGACUGUGACAAGUGGCGUUAAUAUACAGUGGCCGACUUUCAAGAAGCCAAAAGUCCCUGAUAGCCAAAUAUAUCACCACCGCUUCAUUCUCGCAUUAAACGAAAACCCACAGCAUGCGCGGGAUUCCAUUAAACGCCUAGCUAAGUCUCUGAGCAACGACGCAAGCGAGGACCGAAAGAAGUUCUUAAAAACGUUUAAAGCAUUCGCUAACACUAAGAGUGAACCGCUUGAACCUGAAUUUUCAGAUCUCACCGCAUCGAACCCGAGGCUAGCGUCGAAUGAUGAGACUACCGAGUGCCUCCAGUGCCUUUACUCAAUGCUUUGCCAGACCUGCCGUUGCUCCGUUUCCAUUAGUAACAGCCAUUUCAAAGUAAACGUCGCUCCGGAUAUUGUGACGGCUCCAGCAGGCUCAGAUGGUGUCUUGAUUGAACUGUUUUUCCAACACCAACACAUUAAUAAUAACGAAGAGAAUGAAUGGAAGGAGGCUCAAAUACGGGUAUUUCUUGAGAGAUCCGACGUUGACAUCUCUACUAAGAAAUAUAAGUCCCUAGGAUUUGCGAGAAGUGGGGACAAGAUCCGAGACUUUUGUGGUCUUAUUCGAUCGCGAGAACUGGGCCGGUUGAAUCUCAGUGUCUCCAGUCGCGGCUUUUUCGACGAUGGUCUCGAAUUAGCACCUAGUAAAAGAGACCUCUCCCUCCGGACUCCGAGUAUAUCCCUUGCAGAUGUCCUAGCAUCAACUAGUCUGAGGAGUGACAACCAACGCAAACUACUUCUUUCUUACCUCCUUUCGAAAGCAGUCUGGCAGUUCUAUGAUUCGGAUUGGAUGGCUGAAGCCUGGACGAAGCAUAAUGUACACUUCAUGCGACAAUGCCUUGACAGGAUGCAACAAAAGGUCCGGUUAUAUCAUAAACCGUUUAUCUCGGCUGAUUUAGGAGUCUCCACGGCGCCGUCGAAUUAUUUAUCCCCUAAAAGGUCUCACAUUUUCCCCGAAAUCCUAGCUCUAGGGGUCAUGCUCCUAGAGAUAGAACUGGGUCAAAAUAUCGAAGACCAUUACUCAGACGACUUCCUCGAUGCGGAUGGCAAACCGCGCGAGAAUGCGGACCAUAUAACUGCUGGUAUCAUCAUUAACUCUGAAAAAUGGGGAAGUCGGUCGGCAACCUACCAAGCUGUAAAAAAGGUGAUAGAAAUCUGUGUAAAGCCCGAUAAAUGCAAACUAGGAGUUGAUCCCACUCGAGUACGGGAUAACUUGUACCAAUCCGUCGUUGCCCCGCUGAAGAAUUUAUUUACAUUGUCAUGGGCUUGCCCCGACGGAAAUCCCGAAAACUUUGACCCAGGGCCGAUUGAUCUUACACUCUUCGAUGGGCUUGCCGACAACGACACCUUCGAACCAGACAUACCGAAUAGCAGCCAAGCUACCACGGCUGGACCCCUACCCCCAGGAUUAAAUUAUUUCUCACGAUGCUCCACUCCAGGCAGACGAAACCACCUAAGCUCAGGUGGACAAUGCAGAUACAAGGAUGCUGCACAAAAGGUGCUCGGUUCUCCUAGUGUUGACGGAAAUGGGGGGUAUAGAUACACCAUCGGAUGGAUUUGCGCGAUUCCAAUCGAACUUGCUGCUGCGACUGCUUUCUUAGAUGAAUUACACGAAACACCUCCAAUGAGUCCUUUAGAAAAUGAUAUUUACAAGUUUGGUCGGAUCGGGAAUCAUAGCGUUGUUGUUGCGUGCCUACCUGCCGGGAGUUAUGGAAAUAUUUCGGCGGCGGCAGUUGGGACCAGAAUGAAAGCUCGAUUUCCGGCUCUGAGGUUCGGUUUGAUGGUCGGCAUAGGAGGCGGGAUACCCCGUGACGAACUUGGAGUAGCUGACUCUUCUACCGACCUCCACCUGGGCGACGUCGUUGUCGGCACUCCAACGGGGAGUUCUGGUGGUACAUUUCAAUACGACUUCGGAAAAACGGUAGAAGGAGGGGCAUUUAUUCACACUGGGUCGCUGAGAAAACCUCCUGACAUACUGCUUAGCGCUGUGUCAAGCAUACAAGCAAAGCACCCAAGGGCUCUGAGAGACAUUUUAAACAAGCAUGUCCUAAACGCUCAAAAAGCAGACGAUAGACUCAGUCACCCGGGACAGGGAAACGACUAUCUUUUCAAUGCUGAUUACGAGCAUAUCAAAGAUAACAUAUCCUGCAAGUUAUGCGAUACGAGCAAGCUGGUUAGUCGCCCACCGAGAAAAGAUAACAACUCUUAUGUGCAUUAUGGCGUCAUAGCAUCCGGCGGUCAAGUAGUACGGCACGGACCUACGAGGGACAAAAUAAGCCGUGAAUGCCGUGCUUUAUGUUUCGAGAUGGAGGCGGCGGGCUUAAUGAAUAUCAUCCCUUGUUUAGUCGUUCGAGGAAUAUCUGACUAUUCGGAUAGUCACAAAAACGAUCUGUGGCAGGGCUAUGCGGCGGCCUCUGCGGCGGCAUUUGCGAAGGAGCUUCUACUUGAAAUACCCCCUAUCUCGGCUUAG